AUGGCAGAUUAUGGAACCAGAGCCCAUGCUUACAUAUGUUUAUUCAUUUGUUUCUUUUUACUAUUGUUGUUAAGUCAAUUAUCUAAAGAGGGCAAUGAUACAUCUCCCCCCAAGAAGUUACUUUCUAAAAUUAUUUCAAACUACUCGCCAGUUUUCUUAGGUGCAGAUUUAUCAAGAAUAACUAAUGAUGAAGCAUUAGCUCUUAAAAAAUUAGUUCAACUUGGUAAAUUAAUUGAUAGACUUUAUCUUCGCCAAAAAUGGAAAGGCAAUUUAGAUACGUUGGAAUAUCUUAGAAGUGAAAGUCCACGUACGGAUAAUGAACUACUAUUUUUUAAUAUGAUGAAAGGUCCGUGGGAUCGAGUUCAUGGUUUAGUUUUAGACGAUCCACCAAAUCUACCAGUUCAUAAACCAUUAGGGGGCAAUUUUUAUCCAGAAGAUAUGACUAAAGAAGAAUUUGAAUAUUGGUGUGAGAACAAGUUGGAUUCUGAACAAAGGGAAUUGGCAAAAGGAUUUUAUCAUGUGAUUAAAAGAAACGAAUCAACGAAAGAAUUAUAUUUAAAGCCUUAUUCUGAGGAAUAUAAAGAUAUAUUGGUUGAUGCUUCUACUUUGUUAAAAGAUUCUGCUAUGUUAUUGAAUGACAAGUCUUUGGUUAGGUUUUUGUUAACAAGGGCCGAUGCAUUUUUAUCCAACAACUAUUUGGAGAGUGAAAUUAAUUGGUUGAAUGUUAGCAAAGAGAGUAAAUUUGAAAUAACUAUUGGGCCAUAUGAAGUUUAUACUGAUGAAUUAUUUUCAACGAAAUCAGCUUUUGAAUUUUAUAUUCACCUAAGAGAUUUUCAUUUCUCAAAACUUUUAGAAAAAUUUUCUGAUAGUUUACAAGAAAUUGAAAACAAUUUGCCUGUUCCAGAUGAAUAUAAAAAUAAAAAUUUAACUUAUACACCAAUUGUUGUAGUAGAUCAAUUAUUUGCAUCUGGUGAUGUUGCAGUUCCUAUGACGGCAGCAUAUAAUUUGCCAAAUGAUGAGGUGGCAAUGAAACGUGGUGGAUCAAAAUUAGUUAUUAUAAAAAACGUUCAAGAAGGAAAAUAUGAAAAAAUAUUGGAUCCAAUUGCCAGAACUGUACUUUCUAAAGAUCAGCUUCAAUAUUUAUCAUUCGAUGCUUUCUUUACACACAUUUUGCUUCAUGAAGUUGCACAUUCAAAUGGUCCACAUUUUAUAGUUGGAUCAGAUGGUAAAGUUACUGUUAGGUCUAAAUUGCAAGAAUAUCAUUCCGCAAUUGAAGAAGCAAAAGCAGAUAUUGCUGGUCUUUUUGCAGCUGCCCAUUUAAUUAAAAUAGGACUUUUGAGUGGCAUAUCUAGAGAACAAUUUUAUGCUACUUAUUUGGCUUCAGCUUUUAGAUCUAUUAGAUUUGGAAUCAAUGAGGCUCAUGGAUUAGGACAAUGUAUUCAAUUAAAUUAUCUAACUGAACAAGGAGGUUUUGAAUACGAUCCAGCAAGUAAAAAAUACAAUGUGAAUUUCGAUAAAAUUGAAAAAUCAGUUGAGAAUUUAACUAGGGAUAUAUUGAUUUUACAAGGCAAUGGCGAUAAAAAUAAAGUUAAGGAGUUCGUUGAAAAAUACGGGAAUAUUAAUGAGGCACAACAGGAAACUUUGAAUCAACUGGAGGAUAAAAAUGUUCCUAUUGAUGUUCGACCAAUUUACGAAAUUGAAAACGAUCAUAUUAUUUUUGGUUAA